AUGCAGAACCGUUCCAACGAGGCUCCUAUGGACUUUGAGUGGCAGACAAGAGCUCCUGGAGAUGCCACUUCGCCCUUCUACCAACUGGCAUUAAAGAACGAUAAAGGCAAUGCCCGCCGUACCUUUGCAUCACCAAUAAAGCCACAGACCCCAGCACCGCGAGAGCCGUCGUCCCAACCGGUCAGCUUUGCGCAGCCGUCGUUUAAUAAUGUCAAUUUCACUCGGGGAUCGUCCUUUAUGACUCCGCGCAAAGUGGACGUUGAUGUGUCCUCGGGUGCGGAGAACUUUUCAUCCCCGGAGCAUGCAGACAAUGACGAGACGCCCGAGCAACCGUCAAAGAGUAACAGGCGGAAUUCCCUAUUCAACCUGUACGGGAUGUAUGCCCCAGCAGCUCCUAGCUCUGGCCGAGGAGAAGUACCGCGAUCGAAUAAGUUUCCCCAUGCCCUAGCGAAGAAAGUCCAAAAAAGACGAAGACGGGAUCGCGAGCUCAAACACAUCCGUCAUGCCAGUGAAGAUAGCAGCGACGACAGGCCAACUGGUCGCGAGCUGGAGCGGAAACCGCAAAACAUCCAAUCGAACCCAAUCGAAAGCACACAUACCAUACCAUACCUCUCACGCCUUUUCACCUUUCUCGAAACUCACCCGCAUAUCCCUCGAAUUCUAUCAUACUACGCCCAAUUCACAUUUAACUUAAUAAUCGCCUUCUUAAUAUUAUACAUCAUCGUUGCUUUCCUACUUGCGAUUAAACAUGACGUCGAGAUUGCAAGCGAGAGCCAAUCAGCGGAAAUCCUCGCCGAGAUAGCGAUAUGUACGAAAAACUACGUCGAGAACCGCUGCGGUGACCCUGAUGGGAGGAGAUUACCAGCUUUGGAAACGGUUUGCGAUAACUGGGAGAGGUGCAUGCAUAGGGAUCCUGCAAAGGUUGGCCGGGCAAGGGUAUCUGCACAAACGUUGGCGGAAAUAUUCAACGGCUUUAUUGAACCAAUUAGUUUCAAAGCAAUGUUCUUCUUUAUAUCGUCCAUAGCCACCUGCGUCACGGUCUCCAACCUCACAUUCUCCUUCUUCCGCAAUAAAUCGAACAAUCCGCCCGCCAUGCCGUCCGGCUAUGGGGACUAUCCCGCGCCCUCACAAAUGCAUGCACAGCAGUCUCAUCUCGCCUACACAUCGGGACAUUCUAGGCCAGAUAUAGACAACCCGUUCUUCACUCGCACAGCCUCCCAAGGCGCCCUAAGGCGUGAUCCCGACCAGGAAACUCGACCUCAGAGGCAACUUGAAAUGGGGCCGUCCUUUGGCUAUUCUGUUCCCGAACAUAUGAGGACCCCGAGCCCGGUAAAGCAGAGGAAAUUUAUGUGA